GGUUCACGUUGCCAAGUUUACGCGGGUGAUACAGAAUCAAAUCAAAACUAGAAAAACGAAAAGAUCGAUACAACGUUUUCCGUGUGUAUUUGACAGUUGUUGCACAAAUAUAGGACUUCAGUAGUGGAUACCAUAAAUUACUAAAUUUAUUUUAUAUAUAUCUUGACUUUUAUCGCAAAUUUUAGUGAAAAAUGCGCACAUGCAACUUUAAUUGAAUUUAAUUCAUUUCAAUUAAAAACGGUUGUGGACUCCUUUGUAGAGAGAUCUUAAGAACAGUGUUUGCAAAAGGCCUACUACUGUUGUUAUUUUAUGUCUAUUUGAAAGCCGCCAAGUGAAACAUGAUUGCCUAGCCCAAUCUUUGUGAUUAAAAAAAAAAAUAAAAUUUUCAAACGGUAAAUCAAAGCUUAAAACCUUAAAGAAAAAGAAAACUUCAUCACUCGAAAAUAUGGCUGACGAAACUUUGCAAACGAUACCCUUGGAAAACAAUAUUGAUGCGCAUAUUGUAACACUAUUUGAACGUCUGGAAGCGAUACGUCGAGACAAUCAGUGCAAUGCUAUUAACAAUCGUUUGUCCAGCACUUUGCAGCCCAAGAGGAGUAUGCAGGCUGAAAUUAGAACCUUGGAAUUUUGGAGAUCCAUAAUUAGUGAAUGUCUGGCAUCGUUCUUUUAUGUCUUCAUCGUUUGCGGUGCGGCCGCGGGGGCUGGCGUGGGUGCCAGUGUUUCCUCGGUGUUAUUGGCUACAGCUUUAGCUUCGGGUUUAGCCAUGGGUACCCUCACACAAUGUUUCCUGCAUAUAUCGGGCGCUCACAUAAAUCCAGCUGUAACAUUAGCAUCCUGUGUCAUACGCUCCAUAUCACCACUACGUGCGGCUAUGUACAUAACGGCCCAAUGUGGUGGAGGCAUAGCUGGAGCUGCUCUACUUUAUGGAGUCACCGUACCUGGUUAUCAGGGUAAUUUACAGGCAGCCAUAUCUCACAGUGCCACCUUAGCAGCCUGGGAACGUUUUGGCGUGGAAUUUAUUUUAACGUUUGUUGUGGUCUUAACAUAUUUCGUUUCAACGGAUUCUGUUAAAAAAAUUAUGGGACAUUCUGCAUCCUCCAUAGCCGCAGCGUAUAGUGCGUGCAGUUUUGUUUCGAUGCCAUAUCUUAAUCCCGCUCGCUCCUUGGGUCCCUCGUUCGUUCUCAAUAAAUGGGAUAACCACUGGGUGUAUUGGUUUGGUCCAUUGGUUGGAGGCAUCGCUUCGGGCAUUGUCUACGAAUUCAUAUUCAGCUCAAAACGUAAUGCUCGUCACAUUAAAGCAGCCAUGGACAAUGAAUCAUCGUCCAUCAACUCAGAAGAUGAGUUGAAUUAUGAUUUAGAUAUGGAAAAACAAACUAUGCAAACCAAAUACCAGGGCACAUUCCAACGUGCACAAAAUACCAACAUGCCUUCUACCCAAAACAGUGGUGGUGGUAGUGGUGGUGGAGUUGGUGUCGUUGCUUCAUCUGGUCCCAGUGGUGGAACUGGUAACUACUGUCAAAAUUUGUACACAGCUCCCCCGAAAUUCGACCAACCACAAGAGCCUUUGUAUGGCGGCACACGUUCCAUGUAUUGUCGUUCACCCACACUGACUCGCACCAAUUUGAAUCGUUCGCAAUCGGUUUAUGCCAAAAGCAAUACAAAUAUUAAUCGGGAUAUAGUGCCCAGAUCAGGACCUCUGGUUCCAGCCCAAAGCUUAUACCGCAUGAAUAUCCAACAAAAUCAACAACAACAGCAUCAACAACAACAACAGCAGCAGCAGCAGCAUCAACAAUCUUCGCACCUUCAAAAUCAAAAUGUGCAGAACCAAUUGCAACAGAGAUCAGAGAGCAUUUAUGGCAUGCGAACCUCCAAUCGUCAGAAUCAGCAGCAACCACAACAUCAAGGCCAAAUGCCACACCAUCUAACGGGACAACUUAUGCAACACCAACCACCACCGCCAGCACCCAAUCAACAACAACAACAGCAGCAGCAGCAGCAGCAACUCCAUUCACAGCAGCCCCAGGACAAUGGUCCACAAAGUUUCCAAUCGGUUUAUGGAACCAGACAUAAUCCAAAUCCCACCGAUGGCAACAUAAAAUUUGAACGUCGUCCUGAAUCGGUUUAUGGCAUGACAGUGCCUCGCAAUCGUGGCCAGUCUGCCCAAUCGGAUGACAGUUCAUAUGGCUCCUAUCACGGAUCCUCGAUGACACCACCAGCCCGUAUUCCAAGCACUGAGCCACCCAUGAUAAUGUAUGCCCCACCACCUCAACCAAAUCCACAUCAAGUCUCUUCCUCCAGUCAAGCGCCAAUGAGAACACAAUCAGAACGUAAAGUGUCAGCACCAGUGGUGGCAUCACAGGCUUCCACGAUGACAUCCACAACGACAACAAUAGGACAAUUUUCAACUAGUCAGGCAACACCAACCCACCCAACACCAUCUCAUACCCAACAACAACAGCCUCCCUCACAGCAGCAGCAAAUGAUGGCUCAACAUCACCAACAGUCGCAGCAGCAGCAGCAGCAACCCCCACCACCCGCACAUCCUCAACAGCAUUAUGGCAUGAUGCCCAUGAGGUCCAAUUGAAAAAGGCUUUCGUGGAGCCCAGCUCUACAAAAACAAUACGAAAUAGAAGACACCACUUCCAAGACUUCAUGAGAACUAAUACUUCAGGGUUUCUUCAAGGCAUAGAAGAACUGGCUAAAGACUGAAAAGAAUUUAUGGAAGUGGUUUAAUUUUUAUGUUGGAAGUAGUUAAGGCGUAAACGAAAUCAUAUUUAGUCAAGCUACAAUGUACGCAUUUCAAGGUUAUGUUUUUACGAGCAGGAUCAUUUUGAAGUGAUGUUUCGAAAUCGUUUUGUUUUUUAUUGCUACACUUUUUCCAACUUGGCCCGGACUUAUUUAAAUGUUUUGGCUUAUUAUAAUUGUUUUUUCUGGCUACUACUACUGCUGGCCUGAUUAAUCAGUUGUUAUAUAGUAUUCUUCUAUUACACAAAUGAAAAGUCCUUCAAAAUUAACACAAAAUGCCCACUAGAUGUUUAAAGAAACCUUGUGUAGACCUUUAGUCAACAUUUCUAUCGUAGCAAUUGAAUUUUUUACCUGGAAAAUCAUUGGUUGUUCGAAUCAUGAGUGAAGCUUUUCAGUUCUAAAAUCAAUUUCUAAUUUGAAGUCGAAUCAUGCGAAAGUAUUUCGAAUCUAUUUUUCCUUUCGAUUGUUUUGACCUGCACAUAUCAAUAGGUAAUAGAUUGGUAACUGUAAGCCCGGCAGCCAGGAGGCGGGAGAACACUGUACAGUACUGUAACCGAUACGUCUAUCUUUUGCAAUUCAUUUUCGUAUGGUCGCUUAGCCCUACUCUCUUGGCUUUGGGAAAUGGAUAACAAAAAAAGAUUUGUCUGUUAGGCUUUUUGGUCUUGCUUCUUCAGCUUAAAGAACUUUAUUGAUAAAUAAAAAUGUGCUUGUGUUAUUAAUAAAAUCUUGACAACGUA